UACUGUAAUGACGAUUGCAGCAGGAGGAUGACAGCUUAGAAAGAAGAGGGCAAUGGGGCUUCCUCCCAGAGGCGGUGCGGCACAGAGGAGCGCUCGCAUCACAAGGUGACCCCAGCUCCCCACCGCCGCCACCGCCGUCACCGUCGACAUCGCGCUCCGGCCGCUCCGCGCCCGCCCGGUCGCCUGGCCUCUCUUUCUGCCUCCCGAAGCCAAGAUCUGUCGGACCGCUGGGGACCCAGGGAGACGGGGGCUAGGAGCUCACUUGGGGCUUACUCCCUCCCCCACCCCCUCCGGCGAGCCCCGGGAUGGAGAGCCGAAAGGACAUGGUUAUGUUUCUGGAUGCGGGUCAGCUUGGUACUCUGGUUGGCAAGAGAGUCUCCAAUUUGUCCGAAGCCGUGGGCAGCCCGCUGCCCGAGCCGCCCGAGAAGAUGGUGCCCCGUGGUUGCCUGAGCCCGCGGGCCGGUCCUCCGGCCGCCCGGGAGCGCGGCGGGGCAGUCCUGGAGGAGGAGCCGGUCGACGGACUAGCAGGCAGCGCUCCCGGGCCGGGCGCCGAGUCGCGGGCAGCCGGGGCUGCGGUGCUUGGCCCCGGACCUCCGGCCCCCUCCGCCGACAGCCUCUCAGGCCAGGGGCAACCUAGCAGCUCGGACACCGAGUCGGAUUUCUAUGAAGAAAUCGAGGUGAGCUGCACCCCGGACUGCGCCACGGCGAACGCCGAGUACCAGCACAGCAAAGGGCCCAGCUCAGAGGCACCGGCCAGCAGUCCAAACAGCGGCAGCGAGGCCCCCAAGAGCAACAGCAGCGGCAGCUCGCAGGGCACCCUGGCCUGCAGCGCCAGUGACCAGAUGCGCCGAUACCGAACCGCCUUCACCCGAGAGCAGAUUGCCCGGCUGGAGAAGGAAUUCUACAGGGAGAACUAUGUAUCCAGGCCGCGGAGAUGCGAGCUGGCCGCCGCCCUAAACCUGCCGGAAACCACCAUCAAGGUGUGGUUCCAGAACCGGCGCAUGAAGGACAAGCGGCAGCGGCUGGCCAUGACGUGGCCGCACCCGGCCGACCCCGCCUUCUACACGUACAUGAUGAGCCACGCGGCGGCCGCGGGCGGCCUGCCCUACCCCUUCCCGUCGCACCUGCCCCUGCCCUACUACUCGCCCGUGGGCCUGGGCGCCGCGUCCGCCGCGUCCGCCGCCGCCUCGCCCUUCAGCGGCCCGCUGCGCCCGCUCGACACCUUCCGCGUGCUGUCGCAGCCCUACCCGCGGCCCGAACUGCUGUGCGCCUUCCGCCACCCGCCGCUCUACCCCGGCCCGGCGCACGGACUGGGCGCGGCGACCGGCGGGCCCUGCUCCUGCCUCGCCUGCCACAGCGGCCCCGCCAACGGGCUGGCGCCCCGCGCCGCCGCCGCUUCGGACUUCACCUGUGCCUCCACCUCCCGCUCGGACUCCUUCCUCACCUUCGCGCCCUCCGUGCUCAGCAAGGCCUCCUCCGUCGCGCUGGACCAGAGAGAAGAGGUGCCCCUCACCAGAUAAGGGGCUGCCCGCGGGCCGCCGGCUCCAGGACGCCCGUGGGCUCCCCCCCGCCCCCCGCGUGGGGACUCAGCCAGCGCCCCUCCCUGCCCCCCAGGGCACCGAGGGGGAAAGAAGCGGGCCGAAAAGGACCAGAGGGACUCGGCCUCCAGGAUCGGGACGCCUGGGGAGCGGCAGUGGCUGGCGCGUUUGGGGAUCAGGAGUGGGGAUGGGGAGGCAGAGGCCGAGAGACCUUCCUCUGGGGCGGCCCCUGAGCCGUUUUUCACCGGACCCCGUGCCCCGGACGGGGGUUGAGGCCAUGGCUCCAAAGCCAAACAAAUUUAGUAGCAGCAGCCACCGAUAUCCAGCCCCUCAGUCCCUCCUCACACCCCCACCUCACACCCUUGCCUCACCCGGGACCCCCCCUCCCCCAAAGGCCAAGCCCAAGCACUGGAAAGGAAACUGCUGUCUCUCCCAACAAAAUGCUGUGUAUGCAGGGCAGGUAGAGAUUAAUCUUUGCCAGCUUUUCCAAGGCACAGCGAGGGGCUUGUGGAUGGCGAUGCACCCGCCGCCUAGGGGAGAGAGUGGGAGGGGUGAUUUACUACCACGGAAGAUCCUGGCCCUCCCAUGGAACCUAGGGGCUCUCUAGCCUUCCUGGAGCCUCAGUUACACAUUUUCUCGUUCUGGCAUCUCCCAGCACCUGAUCUCGUGUCUCUCUCCUAGCUUCCUGCUAUCUCUCAACUUGCAGCUCCAUCAUCUCUCCUGUUACCUCCGUCCUACCCCCACUUUUUGUUUAUUUAGCAUUGGCAGAGACGUUGCGGAGGCCUCAGGGCCUCUUGGCAGCUUCUACCAAGUCUCUCUUCUCUCCGGGCCCAAUACACACCCUGAUUAGCAAGUGAUAUGUGUGAGGAGGGUUUUUGAAUGCUGAAUGUAUAAUAAUGAUCACCGUGCCACGGAGCCCAGAGUUGAGCUGUUAACAAGGCGCCCAGGGAAGAGCUUAGGGAGCAGGGACCUCGUCUCCUUCCCUCACUAAGUAUCUGCCAGCAAAUUAGAGGCUAUUUCAAGCCCUUGCCUGUUCACCUUCCCUUCACCAAGAGCCUUCUGGCUCUUCCCGGUACAGUUGGCAUUUUACGUCCUUCUUCCUCUCCUUUUCCUCCCAAGCUGCCACUGAGGCUUGGCUUUCAGACACUAGCAGAAGCCUUCCGCCCCUUCUGGGGACCUUGCCCUUCCCCUUCACCAGGUUUUGUUUGGGGGCUGCGCCCACACUCUCACUCUCACCCUCAUUCCUGCAGCCAGUUUUUGAGGGCUAGGAGAACGUGUAGCCCUCAAUAACAAGCUUCACCCUGACGGAGGGAGUGGUUCUUCCAGUAGGGAAUGAAUUCGGUUUGGUUUUCCUUCGAAGCCUGAAGAAUCUGCUGUUGCAAUUUGUUAACCAUACUGCAAUAAAAGCUGGACA